AUGUCCCUUACGUUUCAAACCCUUUUCACGAACAAGAAUCCUAGGUCAUCUCAUACCACUCUUUCGCGAACCCAUUUCUUAAAAUCCUCCAAUUUCGCAUGUUUAAUCCCGAAUUCGAAAAUCCAUUUCCCAAAUUCCCAAAGUUUGCUUACCUACAAUCACCUUUUGUACGUUAGAAAAGUCAAAGCAUCAUUUCAAGAUUCGUUUGAAACAGCACGGAAGCAAGAUAACAGUAAAGGAAGCAUCAGUGGUGAGUAUAAUUUCGAUGCACUUCUUUCAAUUCUUGAAUUUCUUUGCCUUGCAUCCUCGGCUGUGAGUUCGAUAUACAUUGCGGUUAUCUAUGGGACGCAGAAGGGGGUUGUAGGGUGGCUCGGGAGCAAGAUUUUGGUGUGGCAGUGUGUGGUUUUGGUAAGUGGAGUGGUGGUCGGAGCUGUGAUAAGGCAGCGGCAAUGGAGGAGGAUUUGUGGUGUUGGAUUAUCGAGGGCUUCUGCUUCCGGGAUUAAUUUGUUGGAGAGGGUGGAGAAAGUGGAGGAGGAUUUGCGAAACUCGGCUACAAUUAUUCGGGUUUUGUCUAGGCAGCUGGAGAAGCUCGGAAUUCGGUUUCGGGUCAACCGAAAGGCUCUCAAGGACCCCAUUGCUGAGAGCGCAGCAUUGGCCCAGAAGAACUCUGAGGCCAUUCGAUCAUUGUCAGUGCACGGAGACAUUCUGGAGAAGGAGCUCAGUGAAAUUCAAAAGGUUCUGCUGGCUAUGCAGGAGCAGCAGCAAAAACAGCUUGAACUCAUUCUUGCAAUUGGGAAAACAGGGAAGGUGUGGGAGAGUAAACGUGUAACAAAACAAGAUCAGAAUGCAUCGGAUGCCUCAAAUUUAGCAGUCGACGGAGCAUUGCAUUUUGAAACAAAUCAACUCCAAACUUUGGCCAGGCAGAAGGAAGCCAACAAUGAUAGAGCCUAG